UUAUAAUGGAAGCAAGUAAAAUUUACACCUCUAUUGGACUAUAUUGGACUCAUCUAUUUAUAUUUGCCUUCAUUCUCGUAACAACAACAAUGGCUUCAGGGAAUGACAAUGAUAUAGACAGAGACUUCCCACCCGAUAAAAGAUAUGCUAUGAUGUCAUAUGGUUUUGGGUCACGUGGUAGACCCCGUCCUUCGUAUCGCUACUCGGGAGGUCGACAAAGGGUUUCCAGCUCAUCGCGUCCUUGGGAACAACUUCCGGACUAUAAAUGCUACCGGAAGCGAUGCGCCACUUCCUCUGACUGCUGUAGAAGGUAUAAUGUGUGCGACCCCCAUGUGAAGGUCUGUUACGACUGCUGGUAUGGUUACAGCUGCCAAUCAUCUAGCGAUUGUUGUCAGAGAUACCCUCACUGCCACCCAAGGAAGAAAAUUUGCUAUAACUGACUAUUGCAAUAAAUAUGUACUUUUAAAAGUC